AUGGCGUUGUCUUUCAUUCGUCAAGCGUCGCUCGUUGCGCUUCUCGCUUCCACAACUUUGGCUCAAACUUUUACCGAUUGCGACCCUACUAAGAAAACUUGCCCCGCCGACAAGGGUCUGGCAAAGAGCAUCUACGAGGUCGACUUCACCAAGGGCGCAGACAAUGAUGCCUGGGCCGUCACCGCCGGCAACAUCACCUACGGCUCCGAUGGCGCCGAGUUCACCCUGAAGAAGAAGGGUGAUGCCCCCACCAUUGAGACGUCAUGGUACUUCUUCUUCGGCCGCGCCGAGGUCAUCAUGAAGGCCGCCCCCGGAACCGGUAUCGUCAGCAGUGUUGUUAUCGAGUCCGACGACUUGGACGAGGUUGACUGGGAAUGGCUUGGCGGUCAGGAUGCCCAAGUGCAAACCAACUACUUUGGCAAGGGUAACACCACCAGCUACGACCGCGGCGCGUUCCACACCAUCGCCGCGACCCAGACCGAGUACCACAACUACACCAUCGACUGGACCAAGGAGGCCGUUACCUGGUACAUCAACAGCAACCUCGUCCGCACGCUCAACUACGCCGACGCCGUCGGCGGCAAGAACUUCCCCCAGACCCCGGCCCGCCUGAGACUCGGCAUCUGGGCCGGCGGCGACCCGGACAACAGCCCCGGCACCAUCACCUGGGCCGGCGGCGCGACCGACUACUCCAAGGCGCCCUUCACCAUGACUGUCCAAAAGGUCUCCAUCACCAACGCGAACCCCGGUGGCUCCUACACCUACAGCGACAAGACGGGCGACUGGUCGAGCAUCAAGAUCGGCGCCGCCACCGACGACAGCACCAACGCCGGUCAGAACGACACCACUUCAGGUAACACCUCCGAACCCUCCUCCGGGAGCUCCGCCGCGUCAGCGACGCCUUCCUCUGGUUCCCCCGUGCCCUCGGACGCCCCGCUGAAAAACUCCACCGCGACAGACACCACGAUCCGUCCGACGGGCACUCCCACGGCCACCCACUCCGGCUCCGCCGCCAGCGCCACCGCCUCCACCGGCACCUCCACCGGCACCAACGCUGCCUCUGGAAAGCUGUUGACUGGCGCGACUGUUGGCACUGGCUUGUUUGGAUUUGUUCUCGUCGCGAUGGCUGGUCUGUUUUAG